GCUCAGACCAAACUCCACAAGAAAUCCCAAAACACCAAAUUCAAAUAUUUUUCCAGAAAUUAUAAAGAUCUCAAAGGGAAAGCGAAAAACCAAAACUCCACAGCUGUAAAUGCAUGUCUUUUAGCCUUGGAACUGAUCCCCAUCAUCAUCCCCAUGUCUUGUGGGGUUAAUUUUCCUCUGUGGCCUUUUGCUGUUUGGGGUUCCUUGUCCUUUUUAUCCCAUCUCUUGUUUUGCUGUUUGGGACUCUACUCUCUCUCUAAUUCUCUAAUCGAGGUUCGAGUUGUUCCUUUUUUGAAAAUACCUCCCUCCUUUUGCUUUUGCCUCUGCAUUUCUCAUUUGUCCACGUUCCAUCACCUCAAAAAUCCCACUGAAGAAAAAUCAAACUGUAUAUAUAUGUCAAUCAUUCUGUUACUGAUUUGACUCCCUCUCUUGGUUUCUUUACAAUACUAUAUAAUUCAAUCCCCAGUUAUAUUUGGCAACACAGACACGCUUCCACUUAGUCCAUCUCUCAAUUCUCUCAAAUGGGUUUUCGCUACACCACCAGUUCUAUCAUCUUUCUGCUGAUUUUGAGCUCUACCCAGAUAAGAUUCAUGGCUGAAAGCAGAGUACUUCUCAAGAAGGAUGACACUUCCCAGACAGUGAAUGAAGACAGUAAGGCAAGACUGAGAGCACAAAUUGGUUCAAGGCCUCCAAGGUGUGAAGGAAGGUGCAGCUCAUGUGGCCCUUGUGAGGCAAUUCAAGUUCCUAACAAUUUUCAAGCCAAACCAGGUAAAAGGAACUCUUCAUCAGUUGUAUCCAACAUUGCAUAUGCUAGAGGAGGCGAGUAUUCAAGCAACUACAAGCCCAUGAGUUGGAAAUGCAAAUGUGGCACCGUCAUCUUCAACCCCUGAUCAAGAUUGAUUCAUCAUCUUCACUAUUACCACUUGAUUUUAGGGUGGAUUUGGAGCAUACCCAUUAUUGGAUAUUAAUUGUAAAUGGAUGAUACUAGUAGCUAAGAUUAAUCAAAUUUUGGUUCUUGAAUUUGAAUCCAUGCAAUCCAGCUAGCUAGCCUAUUAACCUCUAAUGCUUCUUCUGUAAUAUGUGUGAUUAGCAUGUAUAAUAUACUAGAGCAAAUAUUAUUGCUUAUUUGCUUGGAACCUGAUUUUGUUUGGA